CGGAGAAGAAAGGGAGCUGCAGUUCUGUAGCUGAAGCUUCUCCCUAAGGUGUCGAAUGCUCUGGUUCACCUGCUGAGAAGUGGUUUACAGAUCGUUUGCACACAGCCUUCCACACAUCCAUCCAGAAGUUUAACCUUAACCUCGAGGCUCCUGAUGUUAAUUCCUUGCUGAUAAGAUGGCAGCCCGGCGAGUUCUCAAGGCCGUGUUGGUGGAUCUCAGCGGCACCCUCCACGUCGAGGACACAGCUAUACCCGGGGCACAGGAGGCUUUGAAAAGGCUCAGGAAUGCCCCCGUUGUCAUUCGCUUUGUGACCAACACAACCAAAGAGUGUAAGAGAACCCUCCUGGAGAGGCUGAGACGUCUGGGCUUUGACAUCAGCGAGGACGAGAUCUUCACGUCAUUGACAGCCGCGAGGAACCUGGUGGAGCAGAGGAACGUGCGGCCCCUGCUGUUAGUGGACAGCAGCGCCUUGAGUGACUUUGAAGGAAUAGCCACACACAGUCCCAACGCGGUGGUGAUAGGAUUAGCUCCAGAACACUUCAACUACCAAACCAUGAACGAGGCCUUCAGGCUGGCGCUGGACGGGGCUCCAAUCGUGGCUAUCCACAAGGCAAGGUAUUACAAGAAGAAAGAUGGCCUGGCCCUCGGCCCCGGGCCCUUUGUCACGGCGCUGGAAUAUGCCACGGACACAAAGGCCACAGUUGUCGGGAAGCCAGAGAAGACCUUCUUCUUGGAAGCCCUGCGGAGUACCGGCUGCCUUCCGGAGGAGGCGGUGAUGAUCGGUGAUGACUGUCGGGAUGAUGUCGGAGGAGCACAGGAUUCUGGGAUGCUUGGGAUACUGGUGAAAACUGGAAAAUAUAGACCGGGAGAUGAAGGUAAAAUCCAGCCGGGGCCGCACCUGACGUGCGAGAGCUUCCCGCACGCCGUGGAUCAUAUACUCAAAGACCUCAUCUAGAAGGAAGACGCCGAACCGGAACCGUUAUCCGCGCAGCUCGCCGUUUGCUGCUAAUAAAUGAAACUUCUUUACAGGACGGAGAUGUAUCGGAUGACGGAAUCCGUGUUUCCGGCUGAAUAAAACCAUUA